AUGAGAGCAGUGGGCUUGGUCCUCUUGGGGCUCGCUCUGAGGUUUAGGGUCACCACCGCUAAGCCAGAGGAAGGCAGCUUUUGCUCUAAGAGCCAGGCGGCCUUCAGAGAUGCCUGCUAUGAAUUCGUGCCACUCGGACGCCCCUUCCAUGGUGCCCAGAGCUGGUGUGAGAGGCAAGGAGGCCACCUGGUCUUCAUCCGUGAUGAAGGCACCCAGCGGUUUCUGCAGAAGCACAUCUCCCAGGACAGGGAAUGGUGGAUUGGACUCACGGGGAACUCAGCACCGAAUGGAACCACAGAAGGUCCGGGGACCUGGCUGGACACCUCGAGCGUGAGCUACAGUAACUGGCUUGGGGGGCUGGCCGCCCCUGCCACCUGCGGCUACAUCACCAGGGGCCCCUCCUCGGCCUGGGCUGCCUCUGGGGACUGUGAACACGCCUUCGCCUUCAUCUGCGAGUUUGGGGUCGGCCAGAGCCUGGCCUGCGAGGGCCUCAACGCCACCAUGCACUGCGGCUCUGGGCAGGUCAUCCGGGUCCAGGACGCCUUCUACGGGCGCCGGACCCCCCAUUACUGCACCCAGGAUGCCGGGCAUCCCUCGGACCUCACGGAGGACUGCAGCUGGGUUGACGUCAAGGACGAGGUGGCAGGCCACUGCCAGGGGCUGCAGGCAUGCCAGGUGGCAGCAGACGGGGCCUACUUUGGAGACCUGUGCCCGACUCAGGGCAGCUACCUGUGGGUGCAGUACCAGUGCCAGGAAGGCCUGCAGCUGGAGGUGUCCAACGAGAGUUUCGUCUUUGACAACGUCACCGUCUCCCUGACGUGGCUUCUCUCUCCCUACAUAGGAAACCUGUCCUGUAUCAUUAGUACAGGAGAUGGCCACACUUUUGAUCCCUACUACCCUCCUAGUUUGUCCAGCAACGUGACCCAUCAGUUUACGUCCCCUGGGGAGUUCUCUGUGUUUGCUGAGUGCACGACCAGCGAGUGGCAUGUGACAGCUCAGAAGCAAGUGACAGUGCAAGACAAGAUGGAGAGACUCAGAGUGACCGGGUGCCCCGGCCUGUCCGAGCUGGGAGCCGGCCCCCUCUGCCGGGCCGUCUUUGGGGAUCCUCUGUGGAUUCAGGUGGAGCUCGAUGGAGGAACAGGGGUGACCUAUACUGUGCUUUCGGGGAACAUGACCCUGGCUGAGUCCACCACCCAGAGGAGCGCACUGCCGUACAAUCUGACCCUGGACAGAGAAACCCAGGAACGGAUGGGCCCUGGGAGGCACCAGCUGGAGAUCCGGGCCGUCAGCAACACCGCCACCCCCACACCCUCCAGAAACAUCACGGUCCACUUCGUGGAGCUGCUGUCGGGGCUGCAGGCCUCCUGGGCUUCAGACCAUCUGGAGCUUGGACGGGACCUGUUGAUCAAUGUCUCGGUGGCUCAGGGCACCCCAGAGGAAUUGACCUUUGAGGUGGCAGGACACAGUGCAACCUUCUUCCACAAAGAAGUGAGCUCCGGGGAGCCAUUUGGGAUUUACCACGUGGCCGUUCCAGUUGAAGGAACCUUUCUGGUCACCGUGCUAGUGAGGAAUGCCUUCUCCAACCUGACUUUGGAAAUCGGAAGCAUCACUGUCACAGCCCCUGCCAGUCUCCAAGAACCAUCUGGAAUGAAUGCUGAAGAAAAGAAUAACGACAAAAGCGACGUGGAGGUGUACAUUAAACCUGGUCCGUACACAGAUCCUUUCACGACAGUGACGCUGGGCUGGCCGGACAAGGACAAGGAUUUGCGCUUCCAGUGGUCAUGUGGGCGUUGCUGGGCUCAGUGGAGCGACUGUGUUGAGAGGCGGCUGCUCCGCACAGACCAGAGGGAGCUGGUGCUGCCACCGCCCUGCCUGCCGCCGCCCAACUCUGCCGUCACCCUGCGCCUGGCUGUCCUGAGAGGCCAGGAGCUGGAGAACGGGGCGGAGCGAUGCCUCUACGUGUCUGCUCCUCUGGAACUCAGGCCUCGAGUCAGCUGUGAGAAGAACUGCAGGCCAGUGAAUGCCCGUGAAGACGUUCUGCUCAGGGUCACCACGGGAGAUGACUCCCCGGGGGCCACGUUCAGCUGGUAUUUAGACAGCACCCCGACAGAGAAGGCCGAGCUCCUUCCGGACGCCUGCGGGCUCAGAGGAUUCUGGCCCAGCUCUCUGACGCCCCUGCAGAGCGACACCUCUGCCCUGCGGCUGCGCGGCUCCCUCCUGCGGACCUGGGGAGAGGUCGUCCGGAUCAGAGCCACAGCACUGACGAGGCACGCCUACGGGGAGGACACCUACGUGAUCAGCACCCUGCCUCCCCCCGAGGCGCCCGCCUGCGCCAUUGCCCCGGAGGAGGGCACCGUUCUGACGAGCUUCUCCAUCUUCUGCAACGCCUCCACGGCCCUGGGCGCCCUGCAGUACUGCUUCUGCCUGGAAUCAGGUUCCUGCCUGCACUGUGGCCCUGAACCUGCCCUCCCAUCAGUUUAUCUGCCACUUGGAAAAGAAAACAAUGACUUUGUGCUGACAGUGGUCAUUUCUGUCACCAAUCACGCGGGGGACAGACAGCAGACCCGUGCAGCAGUUAAGGUGAGACUCGGAGACGCACGUGUUGAGGAUGGGGCAUUCCAGGCUGCCGUGUCACAGAAAAUUGCCACCACUCUGCAAGGCGAGCAUGGCCCCGAGCGGCUCCUCCAGCUGGCCAAGUCUGUGUCCUCUGCCCUGAACCAGGGGCGCCAGGGCCAGGGCUCGGGGCCGCAGCUGAGAAUGGACGUCAGACGGAAGGUCAGAGAACACGUGCUGGAGUCACUGUCUGCGGUCACCGCCGGCCUGGAGGACAUGCAGCGGGUGCAGGGGCUGGCCGAGGCGCUGAGAGAGGUGACCUGCCAGAGCGAGGAGCUCACCCCCUUGGCCCAGCGGGAGGCUAGCCGGGCUCUGCAGCAUGUCAGUGAGGCCCUGUUGACAGUGAGUGCCAAGGCCCGUCCUGAGGACCAGAGGCGCCAGGCAGCCACCAGGGACCUGUUUCAGGCUGUGGGCAGCGUGCUGGAAGCUUCCCUGAGCAGCAGACUGGAGGAGCCUGUGGAAGCUGAAGGCAGCCAGACCGUCACCGUGCCCCGGCUGCUGGGAGCUGUGGAGCGGGUGCAGGCCGCCCUCCUGCUGGGGAAGCUGCCCGGGGCCCUGCCAGCCACACUGGCCACCCCCUCCAUUGCCGUGUACACAGACAGAAUACAGCCGCGGAGCUGGCGAGGCUCCUCUGUGCACGUCGCUGAUGCUAACUCUGCGACCUUCACCCUGCCCACCGCCUCCUCCCUGGGCUGUCUGGAGGACAGCCAGGAGCCUGUGGACAUAAGGAUGAUGAGUUUCCCAAAGAGCCCCUUCCAGACCCAAAGUCACUUUGACAUCAGUGGAACCGUUGGUGGCCUCCGUCUGACCAGCCCUAGUGGACGGCUCAUACCUAUGAAGAACCUGUCGGAGAAUAUCGAGAUCCUGCUGCCCCGGGCUUCAGAAGGACACAGCGAGCCGACCGUGUUGGAUCUGACCAGGCCUGAAGCUUUGCGGGUGAACGUGACUUCACGGGAGGCGGCUUUGGGGAUCCAGCUGCACUGGGGACCCGGCAUCCCGCUCACACUCAGCCUGGGCUACGGCUACCACCCCAACGCGACCAGCUACGAUGCCCAGACGCACCUCCUGCCGGCAGCGGCUCCGGAUGAGCUGUCCACGUGGAUCCUGGGCCCACAGGACCUGCACUUUGGAGAAGGCAUCUACUACCUGACCGUGGUCCCCGAGUCUGGCCUGGAGCCAGCCCCCGGCAGGGACCUCACAGUUGGCAUCACCACCUUCCUGUCCCAUUGUGUGUUCUGGGAUGAGGUCCAGGAGACUUGGGACAACGCAGGCUGCCAGGUGGGGCCGCGGACCAGCCCCUCGCAGGUGCACUGCCUCUGCGACCACCUCACCUUCUUCGGAAGCACCUUCCUGGUGAUGCCCAAUGCCGUCGACGUCCGCCAGACCGCUGAGCUCUUUGCCACCUUCGAGGACAACCCUGUGGUCGUGACCACCGUGGGCUGCCUCUGCGUGGUCUACGUGCUGGUGGUGAUCUGGGCGAGGCGGAAGGACGCUCAGGAUCGGGCCAAGGUGAAGGUCACAGUGCUGGAGGACAACGAUCCCUUUGCCCAGUACUACUACCUGGUGACAGUCUACACUGGACACCGGCGAGGGGCAGCCACAUCCUCGAAGGUGACUGUCACCCUGUAUGGCCUGGAUGGAGAGAGUGAGCCCCACCACUUGUCUGACCCUGACACCCCGGUUUUUGAGCGAGGAGGAGUGGAUGCCUUCCUACUCUCCACCUUGUUCCCCCUGGGGGAACUGCAGAGCCUCAGGCUGUGGCAUGACAACUCAGGGGACCGGCCAUCCUGGUAUGUGAGCCGGGUACUGGUCUAUGACCUGGCGAUGGACCAGAAGUGGUAUUUCCUCUGCAAUUCGUGGCUGUCUGUCGAUGUUGGAGACUGUGUCCUCGACAAGGUAUUUCCAGUGGCCACGGAGCAGGACAGGAAACAAUUCAGCCACCUGUUUUUCAUGAAGACGUCCACGGGCUUCCGGGACGGACACAUCUGGUAUUCCGUCUUCAGCAGCUCGGCCCGGAGCAACUUCACCCGCGUGCAGAGGGUGUCCUGCUGCCUGUCCCUGCUGCUCUGCACCAUGCUCACCAGCAUCAUGUUCUGGGGCGUCCCCCAGGACCCCGCUGAGCAAAAGAUGGACUUGGGUAAAAUUGAAUUCACGUGGCAGGAGGUGAUGAUUGGCCUGGAGAGCUCCAUCCUCAUGUUCCCCAUCAACCUUCUCAUCGUUCAGAUCUUCCGAAACGCCCGUCCACGGGCUGUGAAAGAGAACACCAGGAAAGGGGACAGGGGGUCACCCAGCCUGACCCCCUCACCACAGCCCAUGGAGAAUGGCCUACUGACACCUGAAGCGGUGACCAAGGACGUAUGGAGACUUGUCAGCUCCCUGUUCAAAGCCCUGAAGGUGCCGUCCCCUGCCUCGGGCUGGGACCCAGUGAAUCUGAUGGACAUCAACUAUCUCCUGGCCUUGGUGGAAGACGUCAUUUGUCCACAGAGUGCAGCAGGGCAGGUGUUCUGGGAGGAGCCCACACAGAGAGAGGACCCUGUAACACUCACUGUUGGGGCCUUACGAGUGAAAGAGAAAAUGCAGAGAAAGUGCCCCAAGCCCGAGGUGGCCCCCAGUGGCCCUUGGAAGGACAGUGUCUACAGGCAGUGCCUCUACCUUCAGCUGGAGCACGUGGAGCAAGAGCUGCGGCUGGUGGGACCCCGAGGCUUCCCCCAGCACCAUAGCCACGCCCGGGCCCUCAGGCAGCUGCAGGCCUUGAAGGGCUGCCUCGGGGGACAGCCGGGCACCCUGGCCCCAGCGCACACCAGUGCCCUGAGGCUGAGCAGGCCCCCUGGCGGCCUGCCCUGGUGGUGCGUCCUGGUGGGUUGGCUCCUGGUGGCGGCCACCAGUGGUGUGGCCGCCUUCUUCACCAUGCUCUACGGCCUGCACUAUGGGCGGGCCAGCUCCCUCAGGUGGCUCCUCUCCAUGGCUGUCUCCUUCGUGGAGAGCGUGUUCGUCACUCAGCCCCUAAAGGUGCUGGGAUUCGCUGCUUUCUUUGCGCUGGUCUUGAGAAAAGUGGACGAGGAGGAGGAGACUGCAGCCCCCCUGGCAGGACGUCUGUUGGGCCCAGACCCCUACGCCGUGUUCCGAGCACGAAGAAACAGCAGCAGGGAUGUCUACCAGCCGCCUCUUGCCGCCGCCAUUGAGAAGAUGAAAACCACCCGUCUCAAGGAACAGAAAGCGUUUGCCCUGGUCAGAGAGAUCCUGGCGUACCUGGGCUUCCUGUGGAUGCUGCUGCUGGCGGCCUACGGGCAGAGGGACCCCAGUACCUACCACUUCAACAGGCACCUCGAGCGCAGCUUCACCAGAGGCUUUUCAGCCGUGCUGAGCUUCCAAGAGUUCUUUGAAUGGGCCAACACCACCCUCGUGAGCAACCUGUACAGCCCUCUCCCAGGCUUUGUCACCGACGGGAACUCCAAGCUGGUUGGCAGCGCCCAGAUUCGUCAAGUGAGGGUCCAGCAAAGCUCUUGCCCUCUUGCCCGGCAGUUGCAGGCUUCUCUUGAUGGAUGCCGUGCGCCAUAUUCCCUGGAUGUUGAAGACCUGGCAGACUAUGGGGAAGGCUGGAAUGCCUCCGCCCUCAAUAGCAGCAAUGGCUUUCCCCGGGCUUGGCAAUACCAGAGCCAGAGCCAACGUCGAGGGUAUCCCAUCUGGGGCAAACUCACUGUGUACCGGGGAGGAGGCUACGUGGUCCCCUUGGGGACUGAUCGCCAAAGUGCAUUAAGAGUUCUCCGGUAUCUCUUUGACAACACCUGGCUGGACACCCUGACCAGAGCUGUGUUUGUGGAGUUCACUGUCUACAAUGCCAACGUCAACCUGUUCUGCAUCGUCACACUGACGCUGGAGACAAGUGCUCUGGGCACCUUCUUUGCGCACGCAGCCCUGCAGACCCUCCGCCUGUACCCCUUCACCAACGGCUGGCACCCCUUUGUGGUGGCGGCAGAGCUCAUUUACUUCGUGUUCCUCCUGUACUACAUGGUGGUGCAGGGCAAGCUCAUGAGGAGGCAGAAGUGGGGCUACUUCCGCAGCAAGUGGAACCUUCUGGAACUGGCCAUCAUCCUGGCCAGCUGGAGCGCCUUGGCAGUGUUUGUGAAGAGGGCCAUCCUGACAGAGCGCGACAUCCAGCACUGCCGGACCCACCGGGAGGACUCUGAGGCCCAGGGUUCAGAGCCAGGCUUUGGAAUGUUGGGACCCCCACUCUGGCAUCUGCUCAGGUUGAAUCCCAAAAUGAACAUGAUCACAUCAGCCCUACGCCGUGCCUGGGGUGACAUUUCAGGCUUUAUCAUUGUCAUCCUCACCAUGCUCCUGGCAUACUCCAUUGCAUCAAACUUAAUAUUUGGUUGGAAACUCCGUUCCUACAAAACCCUCUUUGAUGCGGCAGAAACGCUGAUCAGCCUUCAGCUAGGAGUCUUCAACUAUGAGGAGGUCCUGGACUACAGCCCAGUACUCGGCUCCUUCCUCAUUGGGUCCUGCAUCGUUUUCAUGACGUUUGUGGUGCUGAAUCUCUUUAUCUCUGUCAUCCUGGUGGCCUUCAGCGAGGAGCAAAAAUGCCAUCAGCUGUCGGAAGAAGGAGAGAUUGCAGACUUGCUGCUGAUGAAAAUACUCAGUUUCCUGGGCAUUAAAUAUAAAAGAGAAGAGCCUCAAAGCAGCAGUGAGCAGCCCGAGUCGCUGUCCCAGGCUCGGUCCCCUGAGCCCGCACGAGCUUUGCCCAAGGUCUAA